AUGACAAUUCAUCGAGCGAACCCGAAAAUAUGUUUGUUUUGCCUCUCAAAUAAAUUAUUGCAUCAUCAUAUAAAAAAGGUGAAAUUACUAACGUCAUUAUUGAUCGGUUCGACAUAUACAUUCUACCGUAUAAUAUUGGCCAAUCCAACGUCAUAUCAUUACUGGCCAGAUUGUCGCACACAAAGUUUAGGCAUUCAAGAAGAAGGCCACAAUGACCUAGACUCAUCCAAGAAUGAAAAUGAACUGGACUUCAGCCCAAUUACCGAAAAGGACGAUAGUGAUCGUUUUUACUCAACAAAAACAUCGUAUAAAUCGCCCACGAAAGAUUACACAUUAAGUUCACCACCUUCUGGUUUUAAACCAAUCUGUGUGCAAUUUCUUGCCAGACACGGAAGUCGAACAUUGACAAGCCAUAGUUAUGAUAUUCAAACAUUAAAAGUCUGGCAAUUAGCCAAGGAAAGGAAUAUGUUAACACACUUAGGCGAGCAAUUGAAGGAGGAUAUCGAACGGUUUAUGAAAGAGAAUAAUCAGAUUGGAGUUGGACAAUUAACUGAAUUAGGAAGAAAAGAACACAGUGAUAUGGGAGCACGUUUAGUUUCACGAUUGCCAAUGCUAUUUUCUUCGUCAAGUACAAUUGAAGUCGUGACAAGCGGAAAGAAACGUGUUGUAGACAGUUGUCAAUGUUUUCUAUCUGGCUUAACGAGAUCUCAAUCGAGUUUUCAAAUAAAACAUGAAGUUCCUAACAAAACGUUACUUUAUUUCCAUAAAUCCUGUUCAACCUAUCAAAAUUUCAAACAAACUGAUCCACAUAUUCGAAAGAAAAUCAAAGAAAUCAAAAAUCUAGAACAAACAAGACUCCUCGCUCGACAAGUCCUGCAAAGAAUUUAUCAAGAUGAAUUUCUUCAAUUAUUAGCCAAUGAAAAUCACGCGAAUCUCUCCAUGGAAAACAUCGAUUCUAUCAACGGAACGACUCGUCCAAAUGAAGUCGAUGCCGUUCUUUGGCUAUAUGCCAUGUUUUCAGUUGCACCUGCACACAAAGAAUCUCAUCUUAGGAAUAUGUUAGCCAAGUAUUUCAACCGAGAAGAAUCCAAUUGGUUUGCUUACAUAAGUGAUGCUCAAGAGUACUACAUCAAAGGUCCGUCGAUCAAAGGAACAACAGCGACUUUUGAUAUGGCCAGGCCAUUGUUGAUCGAUUUCUUUUCUUCGAUACACAAAUGCAUCGAAGAUUCGAGUAAAGCGAUGGUGGGGUGUCUUCGCUUCGCACAUGCUGAAACGAUCAUUCCAUUUGCUUCACUCUUACAAAUUCCUUGUUUUUCUGAUCAAGCAGUCGAUCUAAACGAGAUAUACAGGUACGACAAUAAUUCUUGGCGUGGUGCUCAUAUCUCACCCAUGGCUGCGAAUAUUCAAUGGGAAAUUUAUCAGAAUGAAAACGAUCCGCAUCAAAUUUUAGUCCGAAUGUUAUAUAAUGAAAUGGAAGUUCGAUUUAAAGAUAAUUGUCAAUCCAUCGCGCCAGAUUCGUAUUUCUAUGAUUUCAAUGAAUUAAAACGAGCCUAUGCUCCUCUUCUCUUGUUACCAAAUUCUGAGCUGAAUUAA